AUGGAUAAGACUCUAAACGGAUAAACUCUUGAAGAAAGCAACCAUAGCAAUCCUGAAGAAAUCCAUUAGAAAUAGAAUGGAGUUGAAAAAUAGUAAACAGGACCAAAAAUUACUUAAGUUUAGAAUAAGCACACUCAAGGAGAUUAAGAGUACAUUUACAAAAGAGAGAAACCAGAUAGAGAAUUAAAAACUGAUUUAAGUAAACUUUGCCCUAUUAACAAAAUAUAUAAAGCUUACAAGGAUAUACGUAGCACAGUGAGAAGAACUCCUCUCACUUAAUCUCUUUAUCUCAGUGAAAAGUAUGGUGCAAAUGUUUUCCUCAAGAGAGAAGACUUACAAAUCGUAAGAUCUUUUAAAUUGCGCGGAGCAUUAAAUAAAUUUGUUAAUCUCACUACAGAAGAAAAAGCUAAAGGUGUAGUCUGUGCUAGUGCUGGCAAUCAUGCUUAAGGUGUUGCCUAUUGCUGCAAUUACAUGAAAACCAAAGGAACCAUUUUUAUGCCUGUAAAUGCACCAAGUAUCAAAUUAAGAAGUGUUAAAAGCUGGGGAGGACCUUAUAUUGAAGUUAAACUCAUUGGUAACACAUUUGAUGAAUGUUUUAGAGCUGCUAAGAAAUACUGUGAAGAAACAUCAUCUACUUUUGUACAUGCUUACGAUGAUGAUAAAGUUAUUGAAGGAUAAGCUACUAUAGCUGUUGAAAUACUCGAAGACUUUUAGGGCACUAUCGACUAUAUCUUCAUAUGCAUUGGUGGAGGCGGUUUGUGCGCAGGAGUAGGAAGCUACUUUAAGCAUAUGUCUCCUGAUACUGUAAUAGUAGGAUGUGAACCAGAGGGAUGUCCUUCAAUGAAGCUAGCUGUCUAAAAUAAUAAUCCUGAACCUCUUAAAUCUAUUAAUCCUUUUGUAGAUGGUGCUGCAGUAGGUAUUCCAGGUAAGAGAACACACGAAAUUAUUAGUAACUUGAUGCCAGGAGUUUUGCUUAUCCCAGAAGGUGUUGUCUGCUCUGCUUUGCUUGAUAUCUAUAAUGCAGAGUCUAUCGUUGUUGAACCUGCUGGAGCUCUUGCUAUUGCUGGGCUUAACUACUAUAAGGAAGAAUUAAAAGGAAAGAAUGUAGUAUGCAUUAUUAGUGGUUCAAAUAAUGAUUUAACUAGAAUGACUGAUAUUAAGAUUCUAUCUAGAGUAGAAGAGGGUUACUAAUAUUAUAUGCUUGUUGAUUUCUAUUAGAAACCUGGUGCUCUUAAAGAGUUUAUAAUUUAAUGUCUCUCUUCAGAAGAUGAAGUAUUAAAUAUCGAAUACACUAAAAAGUCAAAUCGUGAAAAGGGUCCUGCAAUAGUUGGUAUUGAAUGUCCUAAACCAUCAAACUUUGAAAAAAUUAAACAAAAAAUGUAAGAAAAAAGCAUUUCUUAUAAAAUAUUAAAGCCAGGUGACUAGCUAUUUAACUUAUUACUUUGA